UUUGUUAUAUGCCGCAUGUUUGUGAGCAGAGUGAAGGGGCAAGAUGUUGCUUUUGAGCCAGCAAAGCUUCUCUGGCUUAUCCAGAGGGAUUUCCUCCAAGGAAAAUCUGUUCAACAAAUGGUCAAUGAAGCCCUUCAACGGGUGCCUAAUGAUAAUGGUGACAAAUAUAUUGAUGAGGUCAAUCAAAUACGAGAUUCGUUGGCAGUUAUGGGGAACAACAGCACUGCUUUUAGCUUGCCUCAGCCGCAUCUUCAAAGAACAAAAUUAUGUGAUAUGGAGGACAAAGAACUUGAACCCUUAUAUGUAAAACGGCGGGAGCAAUUAAAGCAGCUUGUUUCGUCUAUUGUAAAACCAAAAAUUGUGCAGGGCAGAACUCUAAAUGGGAAGGACUUUGUGUCUUUCUUGCAGCAGAUUCUUGAGGCUUUGAAUAAAGGCGAAAUUCCAUCAACAGGGUCUCUAGUUGAAAUUUUUAACAAAGCCAUUCUUGAUCGCUGUCUGAAGGUGUACAGGGAGAAAAUGGAUGGCUUAGGCCUACCAGUACCGGUAGACAAACUGCAGAAACUUCAUGAGAUGGCAAAUGGUGAUGCUAGAAUUCUCUUUGAUAAGCAGCACUUUGGCAAACAUCAUGCUGCUCAGUCAGCACUCAAGCUUGAAGAUGAUAUUAAAAAGGUGUACAGAAACUUACUUCUAGCUAAUGAAUAUCAAUCGUCAAAGCUGUGUGAAGCUCGCUUUUCUGAGUGUGAAGAUAAGAUGGAUCACCUUCAAGUCUUGAAACUUCCUUCGAUGGCAAAAUUCAAUGCAGGCUUUACUCACUGCAACCAAAGUUUCGUAAAGGAAUGUGUUGGACCUUCAAAAGAAAGCUAUGAACGUAGAAUGUCAAAGAUGCUUGCCAAGUCUCGUGCUCUUUUCAUCAAGGAGUACAAUAACAAGCUUUUCAAUUGGUUGGUGACCUUCUCUUUGGUCAUGGUGGUCAUCGGGCGCUUUGUCAUCAAGUUCUUCCUACUUGAAAUCGCCGCCUGGGUGAUGUUCAUCUUCCUAGAGACGUACACGAGAAUGUUCUGGUCAGCGGAAUCGCUGUACUAUAAUCCAGCUUGGCACAUCAUUGUUUCUUCCUGGGAAACCAUCGUGUACAGCCCAAUUCUUGAUCUGGACAGAUGGGCCGUCCCAAUUGUCAUAAUGCUAUUAUUUGGGGUUCUUUACUGGAGAUGCUUCGGUGGUAGAAGGAAGCGGGGAAGGGGUUCGCUCCUCCCAUUGUACAAGAAUUCUUAUAACUCGAGUCGUCGCUCCAGAUCAGACUAGUUAUACACGCAAUGCUCAAGUUUUUUUCUUUUAAAGAAUGGUACAAAAUAUCUGCCUGUAGAAGAGGCUAAACUGCCGAAUGUGGAUCAUCUGUAAGUGCUUUUGGAUGGGCAUGUUUUGAUGGUGCCCUGCCAAUGUAUCUCCAAUUCUUUUUGGUGGAUGAAGAGAGGCGGUGAAGCUGCUAGUAUGGGGCGGGGCACCUGCACAAAGCCUCUGUUGUAAUUCAUACCAGGGUACUUUUUCCGUAGCUAGAUUAUCCUUACAUGUCACGGUCCCAAUUGAUUGAUUAUUGUUUACGUCCACUGCAAAUUUUUUUGGCAAGAAUUUUGUUUUUUAACGUCAUAGAUAGAAGGUAGCUGUUAGAGCGUGUACCGUGUCAAUCAUAUGCUCAAAGUUAUAAUCUGGUGGUGGAAUUUGGAAACGUUCCUUGUUUAUACUGUUGUUAUACAGUUUAUAUCCACA